AUGAAGCAAAUUAUCAAACUUCUUCUAGUCCAUAUCCUGGCCGCGAUUGCGAGCGGUGCACCUCACCCUCAAGAACAAGGUGGUCCUCGUACCUCGCUACUCACCAAGCAUCACCAUCCGGUUAAGGAAUCACCAAGAUUUGGCCCGGGUGCCCCCUUGUUCCCAUAUUCGCACAUCAAGAAUCCCAAACCGGUCACGACGGAGCAAGAACUUCAACCAAAGUCCCUUCUCCCGGAUGAAACAUCUUCAGAUGGAUUCUUAUUCCUUUCCUCGCCAGGCGCAACCCUUACUUCCUCAAUAACUACCACUGCGGUCACAGCCUCCGUGUCCGUACUGACCACGUCCUCGCUUUCGGGCACCGUACAGGUUACAGUCCAGGUUCUCCCAUCGCCUAGUACCCAAACUCCUGCUACUACAGGAACUGUUCUCUCAAGCCUUGAAACCUCCGGCCACGCUACCAAACCUCCUAUCCUCACAUCAUCCAUUCCCUCACCCACCACUCAGAUCGCCCCCAUUGCACCGACACCUGUCAAUCAUGUGAUCAAUACCAUAGCGGCAGAUUACAACAUCUUUCAACCGAUCGACACUUCACCUCCGCCAUCUAAUCUCGGCUCUCGUUCCGAUCAUCCAGUUCCCCGGCUAGGAAUACAGUCACAAAGUGCGCCUCGUGAUACCAACAAAUUUUACGCCAACUUCUUUCUCGGUAGUCAAACUGCCCCUACUUGGACUCACCCAUAUUCACUCGCCUGGUCAAAAGGGGGAGGCGCAACCAAUAGCUGGGGAAUGACCAUUGUUCAUAUCGACGCCGAUCAACGAGUGUUCGGACCAAAUGCUGCAACAAAUGCUGCUUCAUACUUCAUAAAUCCUAUUGGCUUGCAAUCUUUAGUACUUUCUGCAACUCAACUAGGUACUUCAACAACUCUGACGACCGAUACCCUGACAGCCCUUUCGGUAAAUGUCAACCUGAGUCCUGCUCCUGGUGCUGCCCCUGCUAUUAAAUUCCCUUUGGUUCAAGGAAUGGGUUUUGUGACGGCCAUCUUUGCUGGUGCUACACCAAUCUUACAAAGUGGAAUACUGUUCCGAACGUUGACAUUGGACGCCACACCUCCAAAGCCAGGGAUCACGAAAUACUCAAUGUUGCUCGAAGAUGGAAAGACGUGGCUGUUAUAUGCCUAUUCACCUUCUGGACAAAAUCUUACACUCAAAGUUGUGAGUAAUGGGCUAGUGCAGGCUACCAGUGGCUUCAAUGGAAUUAUCCAAAUUGCAAAAAGUACAAGUGCUGCACAUGAAGCUAUGUUUGAUGAAGCAUGCGGUGCUUAUGCAAUCUCUGCAAGUCUGUCCGGCAAUGUAAAUGGUGCAGUGGGAUCCUACACACUGGCUUUCAACAAGGCAGGAUUGAGUUAUACCACCUUGGCAAUGUUCGCCCUGCCCCAUCAUUUGGAAUCAUUUGAUGGUAACACGCUUUGCUGUGUGACCAAAGGAGUACAGCUAGCUACAACUACUAAGGGUAUGGCGACGGCUAUUGUUGCUGAUUCCUGGACGUUGGAUGAGGAUCUACCGCUUAGUUUGAACUUUGCACCCUGGAGUCCAGCGAGAGGAAGCUCGAACUCAAUUUCUGCGGCCGCUAUUUCUACUAUUGCAAAUAUUGCUGCUAGUGAGAUAUCGCAAAAUAUGACGGCGCAAACAAGCUUGAGUUCUAUGUAUUAUAGUGGAAAGGCACUUGCCAAAUUUGCUGGGAUCGUAUAUACACUUCAUGAUUUCAUUGGAAAUACAGCUUUGGCACAAGCAGGUCUGAACACCCUAAAGCAAAACUUCGCGUUAUUCAUCAACAAUCAGCAACAAUAUCCCCUGGUAUAUGAAUCCGCCUGGGGAGGUAUUGUCUCUACCGCAACAUACAAAACUGGAGAUUCUGGUGCCGAUUUCGGAAACACCUACUAUAACGACCAUCAUUUCCACUACUCAUAUUUCGUCUAUGCAGCUGCCAUCAUCGGAUACCUUGAUCCGACCUGGCUAGCUGGCAAUAAAGCAUAUAUCAACACUAUGGUACGAGAUUUUGCCAAUCCUUCCACUGCAGAUAAUUUCUUCCCUGUUUCCCGCAAUUUUGAUUGGUACAACGGACAUUCCUGGGCCCACGGUCUCUACGAAACCUUUGAUGGCAAAGACGAAGAAUCGUCAUCCGAAGACAGUUUAUCUGCCUACGCCAUCAAAAUGUGGGGCCGCACAAUAGGAGACUCGAAUAUGGAAGCGAGAGGAAAUCUGCAAUUGGCAGUAACUGCCCGAUCCUUACAGAAUUACUUCUUAUACGAAUCCUCAAACACGGUCCAACCAUCCAAUUUCAUCGGCAACAAAGUAUCCGGUAUUCUCUUCGAGAAUAAAAUCGACCACACCACAUAUUUCGGCGGUGCCCCGGAGUUGGUACAAGGAAUACACAUGCUUCCACUGCUUCCACAUUCAACGCUUACGAGGACAGAGGAAUUCGUUACGGAGGAGUGGAAAGCGUAUUUUUCGAAUGGAAGGGCUGAUGCCGUGGUCGGAGGUUGGAAGGGGAUUUUGUAUGCGAAUUUGGCAAUUAUUGAUCCACGCAGCUCCUGGAAUUUCUUUGCGCAGGCGGGGUUCGAUGCGAGUUGGUUAGAUGGGGGAGCGAGUCGCACGUGGUAUUUGGCUUUGGCCGCUGGUAUGUUUUCUUCCCCCUCUCUUCUUUUCGAUGCUUUCGCUUUCGCUUUGGUCUGGUGA